CAACGAUAAUAUAUCAGUUGCCUCUCGGACUGCCGCGGUCGCAGCGGCUUGCAUCGCAAAAUGUGGCGAUUUAACUACAUCGUUUACACUGUAAUUACAUUUGCACUCUCUUUCGCGAACUCGGAGUAUACUUACGAGACGAAAUGGUUCACAGUGCCAUUAGACCAUUUCAGUUUCCAAAGGAAUGAGACGUUCAAGAUAAAGUAUUUGGUGAACGACACUUAUUGGGAUAGGAGCCGCGGACCUAUCUUCUUUUACACUGGAAAUGAGGGUCAAAUCGAACAAUUUGCGAAGUACACCGGCUUCAUCUGGGAGAAUGCUGAGGAGUUUAAAGCCAAAAUCGUAUUUGCUGAACACAGAUAUUACGGCGGGUCGAUGCCCUUCGGUAACAAGUCCCUGGACAACGAGCACAUCGGCUACCUGACGGCUGCGCAGGCGCUGGCUGACUACGCUGACCUGGUGGACUAUCUCCAGGGCGGCGCGCAGAAGCCGCACUACCCCGUCAUAGCUUUUGGAGGAUCCUACGGCGGUAUGCUGGCCGCCUACUUCCGUAUGAAGUACCCGCACCUGGUGACCGGCGCCAUCGCAGCCUCGGCGCCUGUCCACAUGUUCACAGGCAUGGUGCCUUGUGACGUGUUUGACAGAAUCGUGACCUCAAGCUUCAGCUUCGCCGGGGACAAGAAAAACUGCUCGGCCAAUAUCAAAGCGUCUUGGAAAGUGCUGAGAAACUUCAUCACGUCCAAAAACAACACAGACUGGCUCAAAACCGAAUGGCGACUUUGCGACGCAGUGAACACUACGAACAUCAAAUCCUUGAUAGACUACCUAAAGGAUAUGUACACAAACAUGGCGAUGGUCAACUACCCGUACGAGAGUUCCUUCCUGAUGCCGCUCCCAGCUAACCCGGUGCGGAGCGCCUGCCAGUUUCUCAAUAAGGAACUGGAAGGCACGGAUUUGUUAAAGGAGUAUACUGGAGAUAUAGCUGUUGGAAAAGUGCUAGAAAUGUACACAAACUAUGACAAGAACAACAAGUGUGUGGACUUCAAAUCUGACAAUUAUGGGAAUCUGGAUGCGAGCGGCUGGGACUACCAGGCCUGCACAGAAAUGGUAAUGCCAAUGUGCACGAACGAGACAGACAUGUUCGAGGCUUCGACCUGGAACUUCAGUAGCUACUCCGAGGACUGCCACAAGAAGUACAACGUGUUCCCUCGGCCUGAUGCCGCCAGGAUACAGUAUGGCGGCGACAGGCUGCAGGCUGCAACUAACAUUGUCUUUAGUAAUGGACUGCUCGACCCUUGGGCUGGAGGUGGCAUCCUGAACAGCGUGAGCCCGUCCACCAUCGCCGUGAUUAUUAUCAACACAGCUCACCACCUAGACCUGAUGCCCAGCAACAAGAACGACCCGAAAACAGUCCGGAUGACCAGGAAUAUCCACAAACAGCAAAUAAACAAGUGGAUUAGAGAGUUCUGGAAGUAAUUUAGAUUAGGUUUUGUAGUGUUUAUUAUAAUAAAUGUUUAAUGAAA